AUGUUCACCUUCGCUUCACCCCUCUUUUCUUUGCUCCUACUCUUCUCCACCACCACCACCACCACCUCCCAACCAUACAAGCCCACCGACUAUUUCCUACUCAACUGCGGAUCAUCCAUCACCACCACCACUUCUGACCGGUUAUGGCAAACCGACGAACAUUCGAAAUUUGUACCCUACAACAUGACCACCACCUCCUUCCCAUCCACCCCCUACCACCACGAUCCUUCAGUCUCCGAAAUCCCCGCCUUCCUAACUUCAUCCUAUGUAGGAAGUAUUCUCUCAAUUGCAGGAGUCCAGGGACCCCCAGUUCCCCAACUUAUUAAAGAAUUUAUCAUAUAUGUAAACGACACCCAAAACCUUAACGUCACCUUUACACCCUCACCCAACUCAUAUGCCUUCAUUAAUGGUAUUGAAAUCGUUUCAUUGCCGGAAACUCUGUAUUUUAAAACAAAGAAUUUGAAAUACGUCGGUCAAAUUACAGGACCUGUGAUUGCAAAAGACACGGCUCUCGAGAGUAUUUAUCGGUUAAACGUCGGUGGGCGACAAAUAUCUGUCAACGAUGAUACCGGUAUGUAUAGAUCAUGGGAUGGAGAUGAAAAUUUCAUAUUCCCCCGAAAUGCGCUUGGGUUUACGCCUACUACUCAGAUUCCGAUCACGUACACCGCGGAAACACCCAAGUAUACUGCACCUGAGCUUGUUUAUCAAACCCAAAGGAGUAUGGGCACACUGUCGACCUACUACAAUCUGACCUGGAUACUUCCCGUUGAUUUAGGAUUUUGGUACAUGCUCAGGCUCCAUUUUUGCAGCAUUAUACCACAAUACACGUUUGAAAGACAGAUGAUUUUUGAGAUCUUCAUCAAUAAUCAAACUGCUGAAGACAAAGCUGAUCUGUUCUUCUGGACUCCAGGCAGCGGUUAUCCGGUAUUCAAGGAUUACGUUGUGUUUGUCGGCAACCCAGAAGGCCAGCGCAGCAAGCAAGAUUUUCUAGCUAGCCCCAACCCGGAGCUAAGUCCUAAACCACCACCGCCAAGGCCGUCGUCUCCCGGUGAAGUGACCACAAAGAAAACUCCACCAUAUGCUGCAAUAAUCGGAGGUGGUGGGAGUGGACUAGCCUUGUUAUCUGCUUUAGGGUUUAUAGUUUUCCGGCGAAUUCGAAAGCCAGUAAUUGAAAAGUCCUCCAGUCAACCAAAAUCUAAAAAGUCUGGCCAGCUCCAAUCAGCUGAACAGGAAGAAGAUAUCCAUCCAGAUUUUAAUGAAGAAUAUACACCACACGAUAGCCCGGUUACACCUCAAUCAUCACUUGAUAGUGCAUCCGAAAGUGAAGCUCCACAAAGAUAUCGUAGUUUGGCCGAUAUUUACGAAGAAAGUGAUGAACUUAUGUUUUUACAAGACGAAGAAGAACCAGUAAAUUUCUCAAGUGCAAGUGAAAGUGAAGAAUGGAUGGAAGCUAUGAAAAACCUUCCUUACGAAGAAGUCAGUUUGGCAGAAUGGGGAAAGUCUCAUUAUCGAAAAGGCACACUGCAUGAAAUAAUUGAUCAAAAACUUAGCGGUGAAAUUGCACCAAAGAGUUUGAUGAAGUUUGCAGAGGUGGCGAAUAGUUGUUUAAAUGAAAAAGGGUGCAAACGUCCAUCCAUGGAUGAAGUAGUUUGGGGACUACAGUUUGCAUUGCAGCUACAAGAAGCUGCUGAGAAAACAGGUGGCAUAGUUGGUGAGUUUGUGUUGGAAAAACAAGAAGUUUUGUUUCCCAUGCAAGGAGAGUCAACAACAACGUCUGAAGGAUCAAGUCGAUGGUUUAGGCGACAUGGCAUGACGUCGACUGAGAGUAGCCAUGUAGGGUUAGAUUCGGAAACUGGUUUUAGCGAGAUGAGAGAUCUUUCAUAA